UCAAGGAAGUAAAGAAACACUUACACACACAACUACAGUCGGUAGGUAAAUGUUUCGGUUGUGGCACAGUACUGUAACUCGGGUGAAGCCGUUGGUUUUAUGCCGUGGAAACACGUCGGUAAUGUCCACUCAGCCCGGCGCAGCAGACGGUAAAAACAGCGACAACAGGUCGAUUCACUCGGACAGCGUCGAGGAGGUUCAUAACGUCCCGAUGCAUGUCAUUAUCAGACCGAUUCCUCCGGUGCUGGAUGAGCUGAAAGUUCAGAGCCUGAUGGACACAAUAAGGGAGACACCGGACAUGAGUGUUGUUCCUCCCAUUGAUGUGCUCUGGAUCAAAGGCAGAGAGGGGGGAAAUUACUACUACUCUUUUGGAGGCUGCCACAGGUUUGCCGCCUAUCAGAGGUUGAACAUGCCGACCAUCCCGGCCAAGCUCAUCAAAUCAAGCGUCUCAGACCUCAGCACUUACUUGGGGGCGUCGACGCCUGAUCUGCGGUGACGCUGGAGCAGCUUGGAGUUUUUCCAGAGACUCAGAUACAACAGGCUUUCCAUGAAGUGGACCUUUCGAGUUCCUCCUACUGAGCACUCAGAACGAUUUAAGUAUUCGUAUUCAAGUUAUUUUAGUCUGAAAUGAUAUCAAAACGUCCCUGUAGUCAGUCUUUUUUUG